AAUCCAUCUCUCUCUCUCUCUCUCAACACUAUAGACAGAUGAUGUAGCAAUCAACAAUGGGCAGGAGAACAGAGAGACCCUCCAAAUCCCACACACUCCCACCUUCACCAUCCCACUCAUUCUCAUCCUCUUCCUCCUCAGACUUCGAGUUCACCAUCUCUCUCUCCCCACGCAGAUCCUCCACCACUCUCUGCCCAGCCGACGAGCUCUUCUACAAAGGCCAACUCUUACCUCUCCACACCUCUCCUCGCCUCUCCAUGGUCCGUACUCUCCUCUUAGCUUCCUCAAGCACCUCUUCCUCCUCAGACACCACCACCACCGCCUCUCGUGACUCCACAGGUAGCUCCAACGACUCUCACUCUUCCUUCAACAGCGACCUCUUAUUGCUGGCCGAGUGUGACUCAUCGAGACCCAGCUCAGUCACAGAGGACGACGAGUUCAAACGCCUUCACAACCCUAACACCCAGAUCAAGAAACCCAAGUAUUUCUCAUUGUCAAGAUUCUCAUCUGUGUUCAAAAAAGAUCCAAAGACACGUGACCCAGAUACUGUAUCCGGUUCAUCAGUGAAAAGAACGAGCUCUACAGCCAAAGAGGUUAUACGAAAGUAUUUGAAGAAAGUGAAGCCUUUGUAUGAAAAACUCUCCCAAAAACAACAACAGCAACAACAAAAAAUGGGAGGAGGAGGAGGAGGACUUGUUACGACGAGUUCUACAACGGCAAGAACUGUGUCUUUGUUAGCUGCGAAAGAACACAGCGAUAAGAUCAGUACGAGGAAAGAAAGUGUUAGUGGAUUAAUCUCUCAAUCUUUUUCGGGGAAUUUGAGGUACCCACGUAGGAAAAGCUGUGUUUCGAGCUGUCCAUCUUCGAUGAGGUCCUCACCGAGCCAUUCGGGUGUGCUUAGUCGAACCGGGUUCAUGGGUACGAGUACAGGGACGAGUAAGGUUGGAGGAAUGUAUAACAGCGACACGUCGUCGAUGGAGGAGUUACAGAGUGCAAUUCAAGGUGCAAUUGCUCAUUGCAAGAACUCCAUGAUUCAGAACAAGACCAUGGUCAGUAAUGAGAUUUGAAAUUUGAGAUAUGAAUCAAAAUUAACUGAUUAUAUUUAGCAGUAAUUUUUAGUUUCCUAAGAUUUUUUUUUUUUUUUUUUUUUGAAUCUAGCUUUGUGUGUUGUCACUUUUGUUGCUAUUAUGCAAUUACUAAAAA